AGUUAAAAAAAAAAAAAAAAAAAAAAAACGGUUACCCAGCAACGAGAUAAAACAACUGGAACCAUCCGCACCAGCUAGAAGAGAAAGAAGAGGUUCCAUAGGCAAUUCUUUCCAAGGAGAUGUCGAUUCCCUUCUCCAACACCCACUACCGAAUUCCACAAGGAUUUGGAAAUCUUCUUGAAGGGCUGACCCGGGAGAUUCUGAGGGAGCAACCGAGCAACAUACCAGCUUUUGCCGCAGCGUAUUUUGAAAACCUUCUAGAAAAAAGAGAGAAAACCAACUUUGAUCCAGCAGAAUGGGGGGCGAAGCUAGACGACCGCUUCUAUAACAACCACGCAUUCAAGGACCCAGAACAAACUGAGAAAUGUGAACAAGAAGUGUCCAAGUCACCCGAGAGAGAGGAAACACCAGUUAUGGCCUUUGAGUCUACUGAGGAAGAAAGAGAAAAGGAGGAGUUCGCUGCUGUGAAAAUUCAGUCAGUCUUCCGGGGACAUCAGGCCAGAGAAGAGGUAAAGAAAAUGAAGUCAGAAGAUAAGAGUGAACAGGCGAAAGGAGAGGAAAACAAGUGAGGACACUGCCCCCCCCCCCCCCCCGAAAACAUGAAAAGUACUCCAAAUCCAUCACUGUUGUGAUUGUCAUUUUUUUCCUCAGUAAGGGAAAUUUGAUGUUGUGGAAUAACAUUUGUUGCUGCUGUGAAAAUCUGUCAUGAGCAUUUGUUUAAUAAACAUGCCAUUGAAACACA